CACGUGCGUCGUCCUAGCCCGGAGGGAUGCUGGAGGGGGAGAGAAACGUGCGUCGUAAAUAGUACACCAUAGCUCCCCGCCCCCACGCAGCGAUAGCGCUAUCUUUGGGCGUAGCCGUGCCGCGGGUCAAAUCAUAUCAUCAACACAAAAUGUUACCGAUGGUCCGAAAGAGAGAUGUUCUGCUUGUUUUUGACCAUUUUAUCAAGGUAGCAAGAAGCUGUGAAAACCUCCUGUGGAAGUUGUGACCUACUACAAGAUCUUGAGGCCACCUUCAAAACCACAGCUUGUGUAACCAGGUUGGUGGGCUGGUUGGAUAUUUCAACUUGAAUUCCAUUGUGAAAUCAGUUGAAAUGUUAAACUAGCACAAGAUGGAGAAAGAAUCAACCCCUGAACUUGAUGUCACUAGCGGGAUCAGUGAGGCUACCACAGAUGGUAGAGCAGCGUCCACAUCAACAGGAGAUGGAGCAGGUCCUUCAAGCAGUUUGUCAACAAAUGGAAGUCAGCCUGCACAACUAUCUGAAGGUGCUCAGGCAAGCGGUAAAUCAGGCCCUCAUGAUCUGCCACUUUGCCUACAGUUACAAGCCAGGUUGAAAUUCAGUAAGUCUUUUGAGGAACUGUCUUGGGAUCCAUACUUUGAAAGCAUUAUUUCUCCACUUUGGCCAGACAGACUCGUACCAUCGAGGUCAUUGCCAGACACAUUAACAGCUUUCUAUCUGGAAGUUGUAGAAGCUGUCGUCAAGCAUGGCUCCGGGGCAAGUUAUACCGAUCGGCAGGAACUGAUGAGUACAAAGCUGAAAAAAGUGGGACAGAUUGCCUUUCAAAGGCUUCUAGAUGGUGGAGAACUCUCUUAUGGCACAGAGGAAUUCAGUUUGUGGGAGACCCUUCUGGGAGGGACAGAAGAUAUCGUUUCGCCAGAUGAGUCUUUCCAGGAAUACUGUGCCGCAUACUAUCUGACCAGUCUGCUUGAGGAUGAGGAACAGAGCUUCCGUGACCAUCUGGAGAAGAUUGAGUCAGUUGGUGUUCAGAAGAUGAUAUCUUUGCUGCAGUUCAGUUGUGGGUUGUCAGAGCGAGCUGCCAAUCUCAUCCUGAGUCAUGAAAUGAUGCACUCUGAGGACAAAGCAGCACAGAUCUUGACAAUGGAGCGCAGUUCAACCAAGUUAGCAUUCAAACUGAAGCAUGAAGGGAACUUGGAAUGUGAAGGUCUAGAGGAACUGACAGCUCUGGGCUCUUACCUGGAGUCCAACAUGAAGCCACCGCCAACAACGUUGAAUGUGCUUCGAAUCAAAUGCAAGUCACUUCAAGACAUCAAAGCGCUGGCUGGUAUCCUGGAAAAUUCCAAGGGGGACUUCUUCAAAAUAAACAUCAUGUGCUUCUUGUCUGAUCAGGGUAACGAGAUGUUACAGCUGCUCGAGGAAACACUCACCACUGCAGAGAGGGUCUUGGUCAGCAAGAGAUUCACAGACCGUCUGUGCACAUGUGUGACCAUUUGCAUUGAUGACCAGUCGCAUUAUGAUGCUCGGGCCCUGUCAGUGUGCAUUACCGGAUUAUCCAAUCACAUCUGGAAUAUCAAGGUGGGUGGGACAUCGCAGGCAGACUGCUGUACGCUCAUAGAUGCUCUUCAAGGGUGCUCACUGUACAGCUUCUCUGUUUGCGGUGUUGACAUGCUCAGUCGCGUUGCUGCCUUAGGUUCUCUCGUCACUCUAUCACUGAAGCAGCUGACGUUAUCUUCUUGCAGGCUGCAAGACGAUGACAUUGACAGCCUGAUCAACAUCCUCCCAGCAGGACAUGCCUUCAUAUAUCUGGACCUCAGUGACAACGAAUUCAGUUUGGAUGCAGUGAAGGCUCUGAUAGCUCACUGUCGCAGUUUCCCUUACCUGUGCCACGUGUCACUCACUGGCACUGGUCUCAACGAAGAUCACAUUAAGCAGAUGCUACAGCAAGAUCUUCCGCAACUGGAAAGAAAUAAUGAAAUAGGGCUAUAUUCACCAUUCCGUUACUCAUCAUGCGACGAUAUAAGAGGACUUAAACAGCGUCUUCAAGUCAGUGUGGUUAAUCCCUCACAUUGGUUGAGGAUUGAGUACACCUUGUGGGACAAGGGGAACGAAGAAGCAGAGCUGCUUGAGAAGGAAAUUGGAAAACUGGACAGAUGGCUCCAAAGUCGUCUGGAGUUGAUACUUAUUGUCGGUAAGCUUUACCACUCUACCUUUGAUGUUGAGCGGCUUGCAGGGAGCAUAGGCCGCAUAUCCAAGCAAGUGGAGAGGUUCGUCCUCAAUCUGUUGCGACAUCAAGAAGAGAUUGAUGCCACUCGCAUACUGAAUGCACUGAGUGGGGGAUACAGUUUGAAACGCCUGGAGGUGCUCGGCGUCAGCCUGCAGGGUCGAGUGGCUGAUAUUCACCCACAGGUUAUCACUCCAUCCAUGGAAGGGCUGAGUCUGAGGCAUUGCCAACUAAAUGACAAUGACAUUGAAAGCUUGAUCAGCUUACUUCCAGCAGGGCACGGUUUAACAGAGCUGGAUAUUCCUUUUAACAAUUUCAGUAAAGAGGCAAUGGAGACACUUUCCACUCACCUGCAGAGUUUUCCAAACCUGGACUAAUAUUUACGCUAGAACAGAGGUCUCAGCGGGGAUAUGUUGACUCGGGGCUGUGCAGGAAAAACUUUAAUGGACCCCAGAGGGAGGGACAGACAGAAUUGGAUGUUGCCUUGACAAGUUGCUGAGAUAGCAUGUUAGAGAGACCUUUGUAAAAAAUUGCCAUUGCAUCAGCAGCUACAAUCCUGGCCAAAUUUUAGGACUCUAGAUCUGAACUUUGUUAACUAAUAGUGGAAAUAAGCUGAAAUAUUAGGGACACUGGGCUAAGAGUGCAUGAAAUAUUUGUGAAUUAUCUAUGCUGUACAAAGACAAAACUGUAAUGAUUGCAUUUCUUAACCUUCACCGAGCAGAGUGCGUAAAAUGCCCUCAAAAAUGCGAUAUAUAUGACACAAUAACAACGGUGAGCCACAGCACAUCAUUCAAGAGUUUGAGUCUCUCACUUCCUACCUUUUUGGGUUUUUGAUGGAUCAUCUUUGCAUUUUUUUCAAGCCAGUAACGGAAUGACGAAAUGAGAAAAAACCCUGAGGAUUGUAAGCUGUUUCUGUACCCGAAUGGACCUUUCAAAUUCAGAAACGCAUCAAUUUUGGACAGUUUCGGGCCAAAAUGCCAGUUUGCAUCAUAUACAUGUAUGAUGAACUCCUACAAAACAGUUGUGAUGGUACAUACACUUUGCAAAAUUGAUACUUAUCUUCCCCUUUCUUUAACUUGUGCAAGUUGUCUAAAAUAUUCAACUGCCGGAGGCCACUGUUUUCCAAGGGCAAUGCCAGACAGCACACACAAAACGACAUGAUAACUGCACAUACAAAACCAGAAACCACUUCAGACAAUCCUGGCCAAAUCUCAUUGGGCCCCCCACCCCUGGGCUCCCUCUCAAUGUGUUGGGUCUCACCGCGCAGUUUGCGCUCCAGCUCGAAAUGACAAUGUUGACUGGGGGAGGGGGGACCUGGAAGGGGUGUGGCUAUUGGCGUGUCCCAACAAUGUGUCCAGGAUUUCAGCGCCUGCUGGACUUGCAUGUACUUGUACAGUGGGCAAAACUUGGGGAAGGGUAUUUGGCAACGGUUGGUGUUGCUUAACAACAAGAAGCAAACAUAAUGCGUAGGCAUGCACGUACAUAAAUAAAUGUAUUUUUAAGGAUGGAUUUGCGCCGGGGAGAUGUUAAUUAUUUUGGGAUUUUUUUUGCCCUGCC